AUGGAAUUUUUAAAGGAUUUAUUAGAAUCAAUGUUACCAACAGCCUACGCUGAAGAAGAAGAAGAAGAAGAAGUUGAAGAAGCUAGUGAAGAAGCCGAAGAAGAGGAAGAGGAAGACGAAGAUGAUGAAGACGAAGAAGAAGCACAAGACCAAUUUGACACUUUGAGAAGCAAGUGUUCUGAAACUGCUAGCUGCAAACCAUUGUUGCACCACUACCACGAGUGUGUUGAAAGAGUAACCAAAGAAAUGGAAGAAGAAGACUAUGACCAAAAGGACUACAAAGAAGACUGCAUUGAAGAGUUCUUCCACUUGCACCACUGUCUCAACGAUUGUGCAGCUCCAAGAUUGUUUUAUAAAUUGAAAUAGAUAAUGAAUCUAAUCAACUUGAACAUAUACUAAACCAAUAAAAUCGACUAAACUCAAACACAAAGCACAACUCUACUCAUUAAUACUUUCCCAUCCUUGUUGUAUCAAUCCCCAACACAUCUUCUUUAUACACUUUUUAUUUAUAUUUAUUUUGUUUUUACAAUGCACCGGUACUUUUAUUCUUAUUCUACACUUUUCUUUUAUUGUUUUUGAUUGAUUUUCUUUCAGUUCUUCCAUUUUCCAGCAAAAACAGCAAAAACAGUAAAAGAGGUUCCACAGCGCUGGCUCUGUUCUGCAUCAGUGGGUCAUGUAGCACUACGCUGUUGUAUGCACAUCCAUGCUUGCUGUGUUUUCUGGAAGUUUCUACUGUGGUGCCACACGCAAAUGCCCGCGUUCUCCCAUGUGCUUAGGGAUUUUAUAC